AUUACGUGUUUUUCUUAAUUAUUCUUAGUAAGACAAUUAUUUGUAGAGAUUUUUACGUGGGCAUGUUCAAAAGAAAUGAUUUCUUGGUGGCUCAAGAUCGAUUAUAUAAAGAGAAAGUGCCUUAUGGACAUAUUUAUGCGAAAUAUGGAAGACAUUUUAAAUGUCCGAUAACAUAUUUAAGAGUAGUAGAUCGUUUAGGAGUCGGCAGAGGACCUCAAGUACAAGUCGUCAGAGGUGGCAUCCGAUACACUAACGUGGUGCUACGUCUGAGAUCACCUUACGGGCUGCCGAUAUCUGUGAAUAUAUACGUCGGAUGUGAAAAUAAGAUGGUGAUCACAACACCACUUGUACCAACGAAUGACGGUGACUUGACUGGUGGUGAUGCGACUACAAUCCCAGCAGAUAAUUCAAAAAAUACAGCUGCCACAACGAAUACUGGAGAAAAUACAGCAACAACAGUGACAUAAUAUAUAAACAAGCAUACCGUUUCCUUAAAGUUCGAUAACGCAUCUGCAGUUCCUCUGGCGUUGUGGAUGUCCAUGCGAGUAAUCAAUCACCUGUGUUCUUGUCGCUCGUUUGUCCCCUUCUUUUAUAAAAAAUACAGUUGAAAUCGGUGUGU